CUCUUCUUUCUCACUUCAACCUUUCUUCUUAGAUUAAAACCUCCUCUUGCAAUUCAAUUUUACAGAUACUCUCUCCAAUCCUUCCAUUUCCUUUCUUUAAAUCACUCUUCAAUUCUCCUUAACUAACAACCACAAAACCUUACUUACCUUCAAUUAAAUUAUAUUAUACCUCAAAAUUCAAAGAUUUUCUUUGAACUAAACUAUAAUUAAGAUGGCUGUGGACUCAACAAUUUCAUCUCCAUUAGGUCCACCAGCGUGUGAGAAAGACGCAAAAGCACUUCAAUUCAUCGAGGAAAUGACUCGAAAUGCCGACACCGUUCAAGAAAGGGUGUUGGCCGAGAUUCUAAGCCGGAACGCCGAAACAGAGUACCUUAAACGCUUCAAACUUGACGGCGCCAUUGACCGUGAAACUUUCAAAACAAAGAUUCCUGUCAUCACUUACGAAGAUAUUCAGCCUGAGAUUCAGCGCAUCGCCAAUGGUGACCGCUCUCCAAUUCUCUCUGCUCAUCCCAUCUCUGAAUUCCUAACAAGUUCUGGGACUUCGGCUGGGGAAAGAAAACUGAUGCCAACAAUUAAGGAAGAGUUGGAUCGUCGCCAACUUCUUUACAGCCUUCUAAUGCCAGUUAUGAAUCUAUAUGUUCCGGGAUUGGACAAGGGAAAAGGCUUAUACUUUUUGUUCGUGAAGUCUGAAACAAAGACACCAAGUGGAUUAUUGGCUCGUCCAGUUCUCACUAGCUACUACAAGAGUGACCAUUUUAAAACCCGACCCUACGACCCAUACAUGGUCUACACUAGCCCCAAUGAAGCUAUUCUUUGCCCCGAUUCAUUCCAAAGCAUGUAUACUCAGAUGCUCUGUGGACUCAUAGAGCGCAACCAAGUCCUUCGCCUUGGUGCUGUCUUUGCCUCUGGUCUCCUUCGUGCAAUUCGUUUCCUUCAACUCAAUUGGGUCGAACUAGCUCAUGACAUUCGAACCGGGACUUUAAGUUCCCGAAUUACCAACCCAAUGAUAAAGAAUCACAUGAACAAGUUCAUUAAACCAGACCCUGAAUUAGCUUCCUUCGUGAUUCAAGAAUGCUCCAAGGAUAAUUGGGAAGGAAUAAUCACUAAGAUUUGGCCUAACACCAAAUACUUAGACGUUAUUGUCACAGGUGCUAUGGCUCAAUACAUUCCAACACUUAACUACUACAGUGGUGGUCUUCCUCUUGCAUGUACUAUGUACGCUUCCUCUGAGUGCUAUUUUGGACUCAACCUUAAUCCUAUGUGUAAGCCCUCUGAGGUUUCCUACACCAUUAUGCCAAACAUGGCUUACUUUGAGUUCCUACCACACAACUCUAGAUCAACGAAUUAUCACGGUUUAACUCGUGAAUCGUGUUCUAGACUUGUUGAUCUUGCUGAUGUAGAAGUAGGAAAAGAGUAUGAGCUUGUGAUCACAACCUAUGCUGGAUUGUACCGCUACCAUGUUGGUGAUAUUCUCCGAGUAACUGGGUUUCAUAACUCUGCUCCUCAGUUUCACUUUGUGCGUCGAAAGAACGUGUUGCUUAGUAUUGACUCUGAUAAAACAGACGAGUCAGAGCUACAGAGAGCUAUGGAAAAUGCUUCAAAGUUGCUUGUGGAGUUCAACACGAGUGUGGUCGAAUACACGAGCUAUGCAGACACAAAGACAAUACCAGGUCACUAUGUGAUAUAUUGGGAGUUGUUGACCAAGGACAUUUCAAACUCACCGAGUAACGAGGUGCUUAAUCAAUGUUGUCUGGAAAUGGAGGAAUCAUUGAACUCGGUUUAUAGGCAGUGUAGGGUCGCUGACCAUUCGAUUGGACCACUAGAAAUAAGGGUUGUGAAGAAAGGAACUUUUGAGGAGCUUAUGGAUUAUGCAAUCUCAAGAGGUGCAUCAAUAAAUCAAUAUAAGGUACCAAGGUGUGUGAGUUUUACUCCUAUAAUGGAGCUCUUGGACUCUAGAGUUGUCUCUGUUCACUUUAGCCAAGAUUUGCCACAUUGGACCCCUGAAAGGAGAAGAUGAUUAGAUUAAUACUUGACAUUUGGGCUUAUUUGGUAGAUGUAGAUUUUUUUUAUUUUCCUUUUGAUAUGUUCUCUUUGUUAAUUUAAUGUGUAGGAGUAUUUGAAGAGAGUCUGAUAAGAGACGAUGGAAUAGAAGGUCUCUUUGUUAGGUUAAUCAUGCAUUUUGGUUUAAUUAGUUAACUUGUGCAAAUGAUGCAACUCUAUUUAGUAAAUUUGUCUAAUGUAAUUUGUUUGUAUUGGUCAUUUCACGAUGAAGUGAAGGAAGAUAUUAUUUCUUAACAAAAUUAAGUUGCUCAA